AAUAAAAUGCAGGGUGGAAGAGGGAUACACUUCAGCCAGCUCUACAUAUUUUCAUACAUCCAAUCGUUUCAGGAUGAUCACUCCCAGAUAGGGCAGAAAGGUUACUCGAGAGUGGUCUACUGUAACGACCCCGAUAAUCCUGAAGCAUUAAAACUCAAAUACAGGGGAAACUGUAUCUCCACCACGAAGUAUACUGUAUUUAAUUUCGUCCCCAAGUCUUUGUUUGAGCAGUUUAGAAGGGUUGCAAACAUAUACUUUCUUGUUGCGGCUUGUGUUUCCUUUAGUCCGUUGGCGCCUUACCGGGCUGGCAGCAUCGUUUUACCUCUUGUGGUAGUGAUCGGGGCUACAAUGGUCAAGGAGGCUGUUGAAGACUGGAGGCGUAGGAAGCAGGAUAUAGAGGCCAAUAAUCGUAAGGUUAAAGUGUAUGGGAAGGAUCAUACUUUCCACAAAACUAAGUGGAAGAAUGUACGGGUUGGAGAUCUCGUCAGGGUGGAGAAGGAUGAAUUCUUUCCUGCUGAUCUGCUUCUGCUUUCUUCAAGUUAUGAUGAUGGGAUUUGUUAUGUUGAGACCAUGAAUCUUGAUGGUGAGACAAACUUAAAAGUCAAGCGAUGUUUGGAAGCAACAGCUGCACUGCGUGAUGAGUUCUGGAAAUUUAAAGCAAUUGUGAGAUGUGAGGACCCAAAUGAACACUUGUAUUCCUUCAUUGGAAAUUUGUAUCAUGAGAACAGACAGUACCCUCUUUCACCUCAUCAGAUCCUUCUGAGAGAUUCAAAGCUUCGAAACACUGAAUAUAUCUAUGGAGUGGUUAUUUUUUGUGACCAUGACACAAAGGUAAUGCAGAAUACGAUACAUCCUCCUUCCAAGAGAAGUAAGGUUGAAAGGAAAAUGGAUAAGAUAAUCUAUUUCCUUUUCAGUGUCCUGGUUUUGAUUUCUUCUAUUGGAUCCGUUCUCUUUGGUGUUCAAACUAAGAAUGAUAUUAGUGGAGGAAGGUAUAAAAGGUGGUAUCUUAGACCAGAUUCUACAACUGUAUUUUUUGACCCAAGAAGAGCUUCUUUAGCAUCAUUUUGUCAUUUCUUGACUGGUCUUAUGUUGUAUGGAUAUUUGAUACCAAUAUCCUUGUAUGUAUCCAUUGAAAUUGUGAAGGUUUUGCAGACUAUAUUUAUUAAUCAAGACAAGAAUAUGUAUUAUGCGGUAACAGAAAAGCCAGCCCUGGCCCGCACUUCAAAUUUGAAUGAGGAUCUUGGUCAGGUUCAUACUAUACUUUCUGACAAAACAGGUACAUUGACAUGCAACUCUAUGGAGUUUGUUAAAUGCUCCAUAGCUGGUACUGCUUAUGGCCGUGGUGUUACUGAAGUAGAGAAGGCUAUCAAAAGAAGGAAAAAAGAUGGCGAUCCUGAAUCUGUUGAAGCAUCGUUUGAUAUGGAGGAGCAUAGUGGCAAUAUUACGGACUCAAGAAAGUCAAUCAAGGGUUUCAACUUCAGGGAUGAACGUAUCAUGGAAGGGAAGUGGAUAAAUGAACUUCAUGCGUAUGUCAUACAGAAUUUCUUUCGUGUGUUAGCAAUCUGCCAUACUGCCAUUCCUGAUGUAAAUAAGGAGUCAGGUGAAAUUUCUUAUGAAGCUGAGUCACCAGAUGAAGCUGCUUUUGUCAUAGCUGCAAGGGAGUUUGGCUUUGAAUUCUAUGAAAGGACACAGACUAGUAUAUCAUUGCAUGAAUUGGAUCUGAAGACUGGGAAAAAGGUUGCUAGGGCAUAUAAGCUUCUUCAUGUCUUAGAGUUUAGCAGUUCCCGCAAGAGAAUGUCAGUGAUAGUGAGGAAUGAAGAGAAUCAGCUGUUACUCCUUUGCAAGGGUGCAGACAGUGUAAUGUUUGAAAGGCUCUCAGAGGAUGGACAGAUAUUUGAGAUUGAGACGAAAGAUCACAUUAGCAGAUAUGCUGCAGCAGGUUUAAGAACCUUGGUAAUUGCAUAUCGUGAACUGGGUGAACAAGAGUACGCAAUAUGGAAAGAGGAUCUCUUUGAGGCCAAAACAUCUGUCUCUGCUGACCGCGACACACAGGUAGAUGCUGCAGCGGAUAAGAUCGAGAGGGAUUUGAUACUUCUUGGUGCCACAGCUGUUGAAGACAAACUGCAAAAGGGGGUUCCUGAAUGCAUCAAGAACCUUUCCCAGGCUGGGGUUAAAAUAUGGGUCUUAACUGGGGACAAGAUGGAAACUGCAGUCAAUAUUGGGUAUGCAUGUAGGCUGCUGAGGGAAGAGAUGAGGCAGAUUGUGAUUACACUAGAUACACCAGAUAUCAUUGCCUUGGAGAAACAAAGAGACAAGGAAGCAAUUGCAAAGGCUUCCCGUGAGAGUGUAACGAUGCAAAUACGAGAAGGAAAAUCUCAAGUUAUUUCUUCUAGACAAAGUUGUGUUUCAUCUGCUUUGAUAAUUGAUGGUAAGUCUUUGAUCUUUGCCCUCGCGGAGAAUCUAGAGAGCUUGUUUCUGGAGCUUGCAAUUGAUUGUUCAUCUGUUAUUUGCUGUCGAUCAUCUCCAAAACAGAAAGCACUUGUUACUAGAUUGGUGAAAAAGGCAACAGGUAAAACAACAUUAGCAAUUGGUGAUGGGGCAAAUGAUGUUGGCAUGCUUCAAGAAGCUGACAUAGGAGUUGGCAUCAGCGGUGUGGAGGGAAUGCAGGCUGUUAUGGCUAGUGAUUUUGCAAUUGGUCAGUUCUGUUUUCUGGAGCGUCUGUUGCUGGUACACGGCCAUUGGUGUUACAGGCGAAUAGCCAAGAUGAUAUGUUACUUUUUCUACAAAGACAUAACAUUUGGUUUAACCUUAUUUUGGUUUGAGGCUUAUGCGUCUUUCUCCGGCCAACCUGCUUAUAAUGAUUGGUGCAUGACCUUCUACAAUGUUUUCUUCACUUCUCUUCCUGUGAUUGCACUUGGUAUCUUUGAUCAGGAUGUUUCUGCAAGCCUCUGUCUUGAGUACCCUCUGUUAUAUCAAGAAGGUUUACAGAACAUCCUCUUCAGCUGGGCUCGUAUACUUGGUUGGAUGUUUAAUGGGGUUAUCAGUUCUGGUAUCAUCUACUUCUUCAUCACUAGUUCGGUCAUUCACCAGGCCUUUCGGAGAGAUGGACGAGUGGCAGAGUAUGAAGUCCUCGGGGUCACAUUGUAUACUUGUGUUGUGUGGACUGUAAACUGCCAGAUGGCUCUGACCAUCAACUACUUCACAUGGAUCCAACACUUCUUCAUCUGGGGCUGCAUCAUCUUCUGGUACAUAUUCUUGGUUAUUUAUGGGUUGCUUCCACCAACAUUAUCUACAACAGCAUACCAGGUUCUUGUGGAAGCAUGUGCAUCAAGUCCUCUUUACUGGUUGUCCACCUUCUUUGUUGUUAUAUCUGCAUUAAUACCUUAUUUUUCCUAUAAGGCUUUUCAAAUCCGAUUCUGUCCUAUGUACCAUAACAAAAUUCAGAUAGCACGAUUAAAAGGCUGACGCUCAAAAUUCUGUUGGGUUC